AUGGAGAUCAACCCCGCCGUCACUUUUGUCCAUGAGCGAAGUGUCAUGCACGCCAAGCGACCCAAAGUCCUCAUCGUCGGAGCCGGUCUCGGAGGACUCGCUCUUGGCAUGAUUCUUGAAAAGUCAGACACCCCUUAUGAAAUCUUUGAACGUGCCCCCGAAGUCAAGCCCCUAGGUUCAGCUAUUUCUUUGACGAGUACCUCCGCCCCCCUUUUCAAGCAGUUGGGUCUUUGGGACGAGUUACUGUCACUCAGUAAAGAGCUGGAUGCUAUUCAGGUUGUCACCCACCCUGGAUUGGAAACAGCUUUCAUUAUUCCCGCUGUCGAGAACGCAGCCAAGAGAUACGGAGCAGAAGCUCGACUCCUCCCUCGUCCCAUUUUGUACGACCUCAUGUUGCGACAGAUUCCGAAAGAGCGCAUUCAUCUCGGAAAGAAGAUUCUCUCAACUCAGCAGGGAGGCAACAGCGUUUUGAUUCGGUGUACCGACAGGUCCGAGUACGAGGGCGAUAUCCUUGUCGGAGCAGAUGGAGCCUACAGUGCUGUGCGCCAGAACCUUUAUGCUCAGCUCAAAAUGGAUAACAAGCUGCCGGCUUCAGACGCUCUCCCCUUGCCAUUCACCAAUGUCUGCCUGGUUGGUCAAACUAGACCAUUGACACUGGAAGAGUUCCCGGAUCUUGCAAAGGCGAAGAGUCAAUUCAAGAACAUUCUUUCCAAGGACAAGCCCUAUGCCUGGAUUACAUUCACAACCGAGCAAUCGUCAAUUUGCUAUCUCUGCAUUCAGUUCCUCGAUUCCGAAUCAAGUAAGGACAACGACGCCUUCAAGAACUCGGAAUGGGGACCUGAGGCAGCCCAGGCGAUGUGUAAUGAGGUCAAAGACUUCCCCAUUGUCAGCGGCGGAGAGAAGCAACUCACUCUCGGAGACUUGUUUAAUUGGUCGUCCAAGGACCUUAUUUCCAAGGUGAUGCUUGAAGAAAAAAUCUUCAAGACCUGGGGUCAUUGCCGCACCGUUCUCAUGGGCGAUGGUGGAGAAGGAGGCAACAGCGCCUUCCAUGACGCCAUCACCCUCGCCAACUACAUCCACGCCCUCCCGGACCACCCCAUCGCAGAAGAAAUUGAAGACGCCUUCAAGCUCUACAAGAAGGAGCGCAUCUCCUGGGUCGAGGACGCUUUCAGCGCCAGCCAGGCCUUCAGGAACAUGGUCGACGCUGGAGCAAAGGCAACGAUUACUCGGUUCAUGUUGAAGAAAAUGCCCAAAUGGGUCGGCGGAAUCAUUGAAAGAAAAAUCCUUAGCAACCGGCCCCAGAUUUACUUCUUACCCCGCGACGAAACACCCGUCAUAAUGCCUCCCGCUCCUCAAGCCAGUUUGCAUUUGAAGCGUCCCGAGUCGAAGAAGAAGCCUCAGCUGCAAGAGGAGAAGAUUCAGACUCCGGAGGCAGUGGUGGCCGCUGAUGAUGCGGAGCAAAUUCCUCAACCUGUUUGA